AUGGCGAAUUUCAUUUCCGAAGUAGUACAGCUGAGAAGAGGUCUGAAACCUAAAGGGAAGACUUAUGGGUUGACCAAUCAGAAGAGACGAGAGAUCAGAGAAGUCUUUGAUCUCUUCGACAUAGACGGUUCAGGUAGCAUCGAUGCUCGCGAGCUCAACGUUGCCAUGAGGUCUCUCGGAUUUGAGAUGAAUAACGAGCAAAUAAACGAAUUGAUGGCAGAAGUAGAUAAAGACCAAAGUGGAGCAAUUGAUUUCGACGAAUUUGUGCAUAUGAUGACGACUAAAUUUGGAGAAAGAGACUCUACUGAUGAAUUGUCUAAAGCAUUUAAAAUCCUUGAUCACGACAACAACGGGAAGAUUUCACAGCGUGAUAUAAAAGUAAUUGCAAAGGAGUUGGGAGAAAAUUUCACAGAUAAUGAUAUAGAAGAAAUGAUCGAAGAAGCAGAUCGUGACAAAGACGGAGAAGUUAAUCUGGAAGAGUUCAUGAAAAUGAUGAGGAGAACUUCUUACGCCUACGAGAAGUAA